AUGGAGCAUCAGGCCGAGAAAAGCAACGGGCGUCAUGACUCUGACCAUCCCGUUGUUUCUUUUCUAGGCCCUGUGUCUUCCUACACUCAUCAGACCGCCCUCCAGCGCUUCAACGAUAAUGAAUAUGGCUUUGAGCCAGCUUCAAGCAUUACAGGCGUAUUCGAAGCUGUCCAGUCAGGAGCCGCAGACUUCGGCGUUGUGCCAUUCGAGAACUCUACUAACGGAGCUGUCAUCUUUACCCUUGAUCUUCUUGCAGAUAGACAGUCUAUGUAUGCAGAUAUCUCAGUAUGCGAUGAAGCCUACCUCGAUGUCAGCCACUACCUUCUUGGCCACAAGGCAGCGGUCACCAGUUCCCCCGAAAUGUCCGGCGCUUCGACUCCUACAUCCUUGAUCCCAAGCCCCCUCAAGCCAAGAUCGAAGCCAUUGUCGAGUAUCAAGCAUAUCAAACGAAUCUAUACACACCCCCAAGCUUUUGGACAGUGCGAAAUUUUCCUGGGAGCAUACUUGAAGGGGAUCGAGCGGAUAGACGUCAGUUCGACGAGCAAGGCGGCGGAGUUGGUGAAGGAAGACAAAACCGGUACAAGUGCAGCGAUUGCAAGCAGCCUCGCAGCAGAGAUCCACGGCCUAGACGUCCUCGCAAAGGCUAUCGAGGAUCGGGAAGACAAUACGACAAGAUUCUUUAUCCUGCGAAAAGGGGUUGAUGAGACAGCAAAGCACACCGGAAAUCCAACCAAGUCUCUGAUCUCAUUCACCGUCGAUCAUCGUUCUCCUGGAGCGCUCGCAGAUGUCCUCGAAUGCUUUCGGAAUAAAAAACUAAAUUUGACCAGUAUCAACAGCAGACCUACUAGGAUUGUUCCAUUCCAGUACAUCUUCUUUGUCGAAUUCGAGGGCAGUCUGCGGCAUGAUCCGGACGGGAGAGUCAAGGGGGCGUUGAGUGACCUUGAGAAGUAUGCACAGAGCUGGAGACUGCUAGGGAGCUGGGAAGACAAGCUUGUCCGAUAG